AUGAUCAUGAUAAAUUCCCCUACCUGUGACGUGACAGCAGGAUUGAACGGGCUGAGAAAUAAAAGCGUCGAGGAAAUCGCAGAAAUUGUUAAAAGAGCCAAAGAAGCGAAGGAAGCCCAGCUAGGAGAUACAGACAACUUCAAGGAGAAACAGAACCUAAAUGUUCUGAAAGCCUUCGCAGAGAAUCAAGCACACUGUUUUAGCAUAUGUAAGCAAAAUUUAUACAAUCGAUUUGAGGAGGACUUGCAGAAGUACCAGAACGUGAGCGCCCAAAAUAAUUCAACUUUUAACGAAAGGAAAAAAAAAGAAUUAGAAAAGUUUUAUCAAGACAUGGAGCAGCAACUGUGUUUCCGUGCAUGUUCUAUGAGGUGUCGUCAUAUUUUACAGGGAAGGGAAGAAGAGGAAGGAGUGAGAAUAAGUGGAAACGGAGAAAAUAAGAAACAGCAUCUACCUUCCUAA